GUUUUCUCGUUCUGUUUCAAAAAUAAAGGGGACCCAAAUAGGUAGCACACGUUGAGAACUCUGUUUCACGCAAGCGCAGUUGAUGAAAUAGGAAUAGAUAUAGUAGAAUAAGCCAAAUGUGGAUAUUUUCUGUUCAGAGGAGAUGUUUUCACUGCUCGCUGAGUGUAACGAAGAAGCUGAAGGGGAAAACUGCAACAGAGCAGCGCUGGGUGCUGCGGCAGCUGAAAGAUCCGUAUGUCAAAGCUUCACACGCUCAAAACUUUCGAUGCAGAAGCGCCUUCAAACUCUUGGAAAUAGACGACAAGUUCCGUCUACUACAGCCCGGAUACAGCGUGGUGGACUGCGGUGCUGCACCUGGAGCAUGGAGCCAAGUGGCUGUGCAAAGGAUCAACUCUGCUGGGACAGAUCAAGGCUCGCCACGUGGAACAGUCAUCGGCAUCGACCUGCUCAACAUACCACCCCUGGACGGGGCCCACUUCCUCUCCAAUCACGAUGUCACCGACCCCGCCACGCACGACAAGCUGCAGGAGCUCCUCCCCCGGGGCCGAGCUCAUGUCAUCCUGAGCGACAUGGCGCCCAACGCCAGCGGCUUCAGAGACAUGGACCAAGAGAAACUGAUCACCAUGUGUUUGUCUCUGAUAGACUUGGCUGAGAAGAUUCUGCUGCCUGGAGGCUCUCUGCUCUGCAAAUACUGGGACGGGGUUCUUUCCCAUCACCUCCAGGAGAAACUCUCAUCUGUGUUCAGCAGUGUUCGGACCAUAAAGCCAGACGCCAGCAGAAAGGAUUCAGCUGAGAGAUAUUUCCUUGCUAGAAUGUACAGGAAGCCCGUGAAGUGAUAUUUGUUGUCCUUUAUUUAACUCAUGACUGGCACAUUUGCUGAAGUGCUUCUCUGUGUCUCUGAUCAGUGAGCUGUUUGAACAUGAAGAGCUUUACUUAGUGGCUGUUAUCAAAAGAUGGCAGUGUUGAGACAUCAGUGAGGCUUGCUGCUCUGGGCACAAAUGCAAGCAUAUUAAAGACCGUAAUGUGCUUCCGUUCCCUGCAAACCUAACGCAGUAGCAGCACUUAAUCAGUAAAAUGAAAACCUAUGCAAGAAUCAGUGAGAUUACUCAAGAGCAUUUUUCUUAUUAUUGCCCCCAGUAGCUGUUCCAGAGUCUCUCUUUACUGUUUGCUUUGAUGCAGAAAGUCGUUUAGCUCGGAUGUUUAUUGUAAGAUUCUGCACUUCCAGCCAUGUUCAGCUGUUCUGUUGCAAAGAGCUCACGAAGGGAAAAACUAAUUUCUAAGUGUCAUGUACUAUGUGACUAAUGGAAAGUAGAAUGACAGUAAAGAUUGCAUGCAUAUGUGUGUUGUACACCUUUGCUGUCUUGACAGGAGAAACAUCCAGAUCCAAGUUGUUGAAUUAUCCUUAAAUUUUACCUCAGUGACUGCCAAAACACUUCAGAAAAUAGUCCAAGUUUACUUUUAUUUUCCUCCCCACAUAAAUGAUUAAUGAACAGAAGAUGUGAUAAAAUAAUGACAAGUUUGUUUAUGCAAUUAAAGUUGAACACCUGGAUAAUAG